AUGGCGUCCCGCGACCCCUCCGAGAGCUCCCCAGCUCGCCCAUCUGCUAUCCGUACCGCAUCUCAUUCGCAUGCCUCCAAGACACCUACCUCCACCACCGGAGAUCGCUUAGCAGUUCCUAAAAGAGCUCACACCUUCGCAAAUGCUACCCCAUCUUUGGAUGAUAGCGCUACGUCUCCAGAUGCAUUUGAGACCGGCGAACAAAGCGACUCCGAUGAUGGAAUCGAGGUCACCAGAGCUUCCGUCGAGCUUGAUAUCCUUCCCAUCGAGCUUAUUACAUUGACAGAUAGCUUCAUCGGGUCGCUGAAUGCCAAAGUUCAUCCAACUCCUCCCAACAUCGAGAACCUCUCACGAAAGUUUCAAGACUUCUAUGCACAAGCGUCGUCCAAUAUCAACACCCACAUCAAUGCUCUUGCCUCGAGGCAAAGUCGCGAUGCAUCGCCCACACCAUCCGUCUCUUCCAUCUCCUCUGCUGCUAGCCGAUUACGUUCGAAAGCCAGUGCGCUCAGCAUAACCAAAGCAGAGCCUGAGCAGCAAAUGAUCACCGCGGAAGAGCUAGCGAGCCGUAAGCGCAAUAGAAAAGCCCUCGAGGCCAAGAGGUCACUUCUUGAGGAGGCUGUUGAGCGCAGAUUAUGUGAAGGCAUAUACGACAAGAUUUGGCGGCAUCGAAGCACUCAAGAUGAGGCGCAUGACGAUAAAUUACGCUCAAAGACAGCCGCUCUAGCCUUGGUCGGAAUCGGGCCCUCUGACCUAGGCAUUGACCUAACAGGCGAAGCGGAUGAGUCUGGGGAGAUAACUCGCCCAACAGAAGAUGAUAUCAAGGAGAAAUUGGAGCCGGCCAGACGAGACAUUAUCAUGAUGACACAGAAACGGUAUCCUCUAGGAAAGCUCAAUCACCUUAAAGCUGCUCACCGGAGCAUCGUCGAUACCCUUGCUCACUUUCAUCCUUCUGCAUCCGCUGAUGAAAUUAUGCCCAUGCUCAUCUAUACCCUAAUUACGCUUCCACCUGAAAAUCUGCAUGCCAUCAGCGAUGUCCAUUUUAUACAGUACUUCCGUUGGGAGCCAAAACUCACGGGCGAGGCUGCUUACUGUCUGACGAACCUUGAGGCUGCUAUCAGCUUUUUGCAGACUGUGGAUCUUGCGACACUGAGAGCAGACGAACAGCUUUCUGGCCCAACAAAAAGCACAAUCCAGAGGACUGAGACAUUCCCUCCAGCGUACCAACAAGGAGAAGCGUCUCCGUCGCUUGAUGGUCUUAAAGAGAACAAGACCAACGCUGAUGCAGCCAAGGCAUCUGCUCCUGAUGUUAAGACGACACAGGCAUUGCGCAACCGCCGGCUGAGUGAUCUCAUAAACGGGCCCACACAAGCCUUUGGUGCCGCGAGCGAUGCCGUCUUUAAUACGGCCGAUCAAGGUUUAAAGAACAUAUCCAACAGCCUGGAGGGCAGCUAUAAGUUCCUUGUAGGUAAAUUGAGGGAGCACCAGGACAGUCCUCGAGAAUCCAUUACUGUGCCGAGGACUCUAGAAGAUGCCCGCAAGUUGGUCAGUACGCCAUCUCCCGAUGAGGAUGAUACCACUAGCCUUAACAGGCUAGUUGUACUUGAUGAUGCCGACCCGUUGAAACGUCCGGCAUCGCGUGAAGAUAGAGUUUUGAACCUGAUCGGAGGUCUUCGCGACCGUAGUACGGAUAGCACUCGAAGUGGCCGCAGUGCGAGUUCAUCAAAGAAAGUUCUGUUUGCCGCUGAAGAACCAAAAACGGCCAGUCAAACUCCGGGACAGAACCCGGCUGUCUUGGAUCAGAUGCGUAACUUGGGUAACUCGUUCAACCCUAUGGCUCGGCUCCCCAGUAUUAGUAUGAUCCGUGGGUUUGGGCGCAACACACCCACAACGCCACCAGUACCGACAACCAAGGAGAUAGUGAGGCCUGCAGACGGUGGGGACUUGGGAACAGCGUUCCCUGAUAUUGCUCCGGCACUUCCACCCAAGGAGAUUCCUAAGAUUGCGCCGCCCAACAAACGAUUCAUGGAACUACAGACUCCUGGUGAGCUAAAACUGGGUGAAGUUCUUGACCUGCUACGAGAUUAUCGCCGCUUGGCCAACACAUUAAAGGAUAUUGGCGCUUUUGAGACAAACUGA